GAUAACAAUCUAGCUGUCUCCCCCUGUGAUGCAUGUGUUCCGGCCCUUCCUGGCCCAAGGUCCAUUUGCUUGCUUUUCUCUCAGAGCUCAUUCCUUCUCAGUCAUUUUGGCCAGAAAGUUCCCGCUUCGGAGCUGAAGGUGAAAUUUGGAGCCAUUUCAGAGAGGAGAACAAAAAUGGGACCAUGCAAGGAAGAAUCUAGUACUCGUUUUUAAGGUGAACUACAAGGAUUUGAUGGAGUUUCUUUAUUUAAUAAAGAAAUACUUUUUUGAGAAUUGCCUGUCCUUUGCAUAUGAGCCAUUUUAACUGGGUCCUUCAAAGUGUUCUACCCUGUUCAAGCCAGGUAUCUAGGAGUGAAGGAGUGCCCGGGCAGAGGAGGAUGGCAUAUGAGCCAAGGUGAUUGGGAGAUUUUAACUUAGAUCUCUAGCAAGUGCUACAAGAAAGAAAAGAUCCUGAACAAUCAACCAAGUUUUCUGUGAAGUCAAGUCCAAGUAACAUCCCUGCCCAACCACAAGCAGGAGAAAUGAAGCACAUUUUCAACCCAUAUGAAAACAUCAACAACACAGCAAGAAAUGAUUCUGACUGUCCUCGUGUGGUUUUGCCGGAAGAAAUAUUUUUCACAAUUUCCAUUGUUGGAGUUUUAGAGAAUCUGAUCGUCCUGCUGGCUGUGUUCAAGAAUAAGAAUCUCCAGGCGCCCAUGUACUUUUUCAUCUGUAGCUUGGCCAUUUCUGAUAUGCUGGGCAGCCUAUAUAAGAUCUUGGAAAAUAUCCUUAUCAUAUUGAGAAACGUGGGCUAUCUCAAGCUGCGUGGCAGUUUCGAAACCACAGCUGAUGACAUCAUUGACUCCCUGUUCAUCCUCUCCCUGCUUGGCUCCAUCUUCAGCCUGUCUGUGAUCGCCGCCGACCGCUACAUCACCAUCUUCCAUGCACUGCAGUACCACAGCAUCGUGACUAUGCGCCGCACCCUGGUGGUUCUUGCAGUUAUCUGGACGUUCUGCACAGGGAGUGGCAUCGCCAUGGUGAUCUUCUCCCAUCAAGUGCCCACGGUGAUCACCUUCACGUCGCUGUUCCCACUGAUGCUGGUCUUCAUCCUGUGCCUUUAUGUGCACAUGUUCCUGCUGGCUCGAUCCCACGCCAGGAAGAUCCCCACCCUUCCCAGAGCCAACAUGAAAGGGGCCAUCACACUGACCAUCCUGCUUGGGGUCUUCAUUGUCUGCUGGGCCCCCUUUGUCCUUCAUGUCCUCUUAAUGACGUUCUGCCCAAGUAACCCCUACUGUGCCUGCUACAUGUCUCUCUUCCAGGUGAAUGGCAUGUUGAUCAUGUGCAAUGCUAUCAUUGACCCCUUUAUAUACGCCUUCCGGAGCCCAGAGCUCAGGGACGCAUUCAAAAAGAUGAUCUUCUGUAGCCGGUACCGCUAGAGCGACUGAUUCCUGAUUUUGGAAUCUGUGGGAAUAAUGUUGCCAAGUGACAGAAUAAUGUAACAUUCCAACAAAUGCCAGUGCUCCUGACAGACCUUCCUUCCCUAAUGGAUGCAAGGGUGAUCCCACCAGCUAGUGUUUCUAAUAGCUAGGUUCUGUGUGAACAGUCUUAUUGUAGGGACAAGUUUUAAACUUUACAACUGGAGAGAUAAAACCAUGUAGUAAAAGAAGGGUAGAAUACAAAGUAUUAGGUUCAUUCAAAUGUAAUUGCGGUUUUUGCCAUUACUUUCAAUGACCAAAAAUUGUGAUUACCUUUGCACCAGCCUAAUACAAACAGCAAUAAAAACUCAAGGCCUUUGGCGUAGGCAAAGACUUGUUUUCCUGUGGACUCUAGCAAGUCAGUCCUGGAAAGGCCUUUCCAGGCUGUAGGCCAUUGCAACCGAUUUCCAGAAGUUAAAGUACUUGUGCACAAAACUCCAGGAAGAAACUGUAGGGUCUUUGUAAGCCAGUAAUAAAUUGGGAGGAAUACAUUGCUUCAGCUGGAUUUGCCUGUGUCCCACAGCCAUGGCAAAUCUCCACCCUCCUCCUUCUCCCUAUCAGCCUGAUGUACUGAGGCCACCUCAAUUCCUGGAAGUAGGCCGAGUAUAAACUAUAAAUGUCAAAUAACCAGCUUUGAGUUUCCUAUAAUAAAUGGACCUUCUCCAUUAGUAUUCUUUGCUCGCUCAGUAUCCCAUUGGCCUUAUAGCCCUUUCCUGUUACAUAUCCUCAGGCUUUAAGAGCAAAGGAAGAAAUGAAAAUUUAAUCCAUUUAGUUCCUAUGUGGAAAUACAUAAAGGCCAGAGGAAAAUUGAUUAUUUGAAGAAGCUGUAACCAAACUAUGUGUGUUUGUUCAAAUAUAGAAGUACAAGAAAAGAGCCCCAAUACAUAUUUUUUUAUUUUUUUAUUGCAUUUUAGGUUUUGGGGUACAUGUGCAGAACAUGCAAGACAGUUGCAUAGGUACACAUAUGGCACUGUGUUUUGCUGCCUUCCUCCCCUUCACCCACAUUUGGCAUUUCUCCCCAGGCUAUCCCUCCCCAUCUCCCCCCGCCGCUGUCCCUCCCCUAUUCCCCCCAAUAAACCCCAGUGUUCAGUACUCC